UCCGCACUCUCGAUUUGCUUCCACCUAAUUCGGUUUCAGUUUCUCUCUGCUUCCUCCACAAUCUCUCUCCCUCUCUCUCUCGCUCCGUCUUCGCCACGGCAGAGAUCCUUCGUCGUCGUCUCCACAGCAUGAAUCCCCUCGCAGAAUGAGUGGGAUUGUUUCGGAAGAAGCGGCGGUGCUGGCGGUGCUCUCGACUCCUUCCGAGACUGCGGAUUGUUGUCGGCCGAAGGGGAUUGUGUGGUCUUGAAGUGAGAACUGAAGUAAUCAUGUGAGCUGAAACUGUCGCCUUUUAUUCUGCGAAGAAAGAGAGGUUGGAGUUUUUUGGGUUUUCCUUGCAGUGAGAUAUUGUCCUUCUCGAGAUUCGACGGUGAUAGAUGGACCACGCCGAGGAUGAUGCUGGGUACCCCCCUAAUUCGCACGGUGCGAAUCAGGCACCGGCGUAUGGUUCCUCGAAUUCCCAAAAGCUUCCUGUUGGAACUCCUCCGUAUUCGAAGCCGGUCAGCAACCAAUUCGUAGAUGAUGAUGAUGAGGUUGAUGGUGACGAAGAGGAUGAAGAGGAAGAGCUGGGAGACGAAGAAGAUGAUAAAGAUCAAAUGAAUGGCAACAGGCAAAGUGUCAAGAAUGGAGAAGAUGAAGAUGACGACGACGAGGACAACGACGAAGAUGAUUUUUCCGAUGACGACGACGACGAUGACGAUGACCAGAAAGCUAGAAGAACGAAUGACCCAGAAAGGCGCCCCAAAAGGCGGAAGCUGAAGAGUUUGGUUUCUAGUUAUGAGUUUGCUCCUCGUGUACCACCACCUCAAGAUGUGCCUCCACCAGUCCCAAAACCACUGCCGCCUACCGGUGGCCGGAAUUCUCUCAUGGAUUGGACCGAACAUGAGACAUUUGUUUUACUUGACGCUUGGGGCGAGCGGUUUCUUCAACGUGGGAGGAAGAGUCUUCGGUCUGAUGAAUGGCAAGAAGUUGCAGAAAAGGUGGCAGAGGUAUCCAAAGUUGACCGGACAGAGAGUCAAUGCAGAAACCGAUUGGAUACAUUGAAGAAAAAGUACAAGAAGGAGAAAGCUAAAUUUGUAGAGACCGGUGGUGUCUCCAGCAAAUGGGUCUAUUUCAAGAAGAUGGACAUGUUAAUGUCCUCAUCACCCUCGCAACAAACUGCUCUGUCUUGUGGGGUCGACUCCGGGGCGUAUGUCUUCAUGAACCCUAGGGUUUACCUGAACCGUGCUAACGGAAUGGAUGAGAUGAGGGACAGUCCUGGGAACUCGGAGUCUUCUGACAAAGAGGGAGACGAUUCAGAUGGCCUUCCGCCCAAGAAGAGAAAAUCUGGAAGAGAGUCUAGUGACGGGGCUUCGAUCAAAUUGCUUGCGGAGUCCGUGACGAAAUUUAGUAAGAUCUACGAGAAGAUUGAGAAUAGUAAGAGGCAGCAGAUGGUGGAACUGGAGAAGAUGAGGAUGGAUUUUCAGCGGGAUCUGGAAGUUCAAAGGAAGCAGAUAAUGGAGAGCGCUCAAGCCGAGAUUGCAAGGAUAAGGCAAGGCGACGAUGGCGAGAACGAUCUCUCCGCUGAGAAUGCCAGCGGGUGACAUCUUUACCUGAUUAAGGAUUAUGAUUAGAUUAGUACGUCGACUCUUCCUCUUCUGUUGUAUAAUAUUGGUUGAGUUAAGCCCCCUGAACGUCUAAUUUCUGAAGCAAUAAUAUGAUUGAAGGUACUUGUUCUCA